AUGACGCAGCAUUUGGAUCUUCCCAGCGACCCAUUGCCGUACUCCGGCAAUUUCGUGACCCCAGACAUGGAUGGUACCAUUUGCAUCAGCAAGGAGGUCUUCAUGGAAAGCUAUCUGCUACGAGAAACAGCCCCCCUCCUGAAUACGCUGAAUCAAUACAUCUAUUCAUGGAUCCAGCCGGACCGCAAUAUUCACGCGGGGCAACAAAUUUCUCACCCAGAGAAAUACCUCCAUGUUGGACCCGGAUCUGUCAAGGAUAGUGAUUCGAGCUUUUUCCGGUUUAAGCCGGUUUCAUGGAGCAGCACUCAGUGGAGGUGGUCCCCCCCGGACCAGUAUACUGAAGAUUCGCCGCCAAAGAUCAAGUUGGAGCUCUGGACCAGCAGCAGCAGUAAGCUUGAACUCCAUCCGGGCACUAAUCAAAUGUCACUGUCUGGAACGACAUCGUUGCACUUCAAGAAUCAGGACUGGUUUUUUGUCUGGGCCUCUGGAUGCGAAUCGAAAGUGACAGCCACGUGGAGUAUCAACGCGACCCUAGACUCGGUGAAAGAGGGUGGGCUCAGGAUUUCCCUGAACCUACCCAGCGACCCAUCCGCCAUGUUCGACGUAGGCAAACCAAGCUGGGGUGAAUGGCCGUUUGGCGUCGUAUAUCCGCCCUACGGGGAGCACCUCAGGGCAAAUCUCGUGGAUGCGCUCGUCCAGAUCCCUUUGCUAGACGUUGCUACGCAGCUUCAGACCAAUCUGACUGGGGCUUCCCGGUUCGUCAUUCCCGGUGGUGGAACGUUUUUCUACAAGGAUCCGAUUUUCAGUGAAAGUGGGGAUCUUUUGAUCGAGGCCAAGUACGAUGGGCAUGAGGCCGAAGUUGUAGAUCAGCCAACCUACAUGAGUGUGACAUGCAGCUCAGGCCUAUGUACUUCCUCUGCGAGUCGCCCGCUUGCUGGCGAAGCCGAGGGUACAGGAUUGGACCAUCGUGCGUACGAUGAUCUCAAGCUGCUGGCUCGCGAGCAAUUGCUGAGGGAUUUUGAUAGAGGUCGCUGCAUGACACGUCAUGACUACAGGGAGUGGCAAAGCACCGAUCUCAUCAUGUUCUCCGUAAACCACGAUUUCGAGCUGAUGGUACAGCAUGUUGCGGCAGUUGCCGUCCCCAAGUCCUCUCUCUUUUUCACGGUUGCGGACGAGCAAGGAAACCCAGCCGUCUUCUCCCUGGGCACAGAUAAAAAGUUCUAUGUGGUCCAGAACGAUGCGUAUGGACAGAAGCAGCUGAACGACUUGGGCGGCUUGCUGAGGCUCGACGCCAGCUAUGUGGGUCACGCUCUCAGUGUAUCCCAAGGUCCGGGAAUGAACCUAUUUCUGGUCCUGGCCAUCCAGUCCACGGAGAACGAAGAUGCAAGCGAGAUCAUCGUCUUGAAGCCGUUCCAGCCGAGCGAGUAUGACUUGAGUUCCUCAGGCUCUGACCUGAGUGGGCUGAUAAUCCCCCAGACAGGGCAGAGCUAUAACCAGCGCGUGAAUUCCUUCUUCUCGGUUGGCGCUACUGGAAGCAGCGUCUACCCUCCGGUGCUCGUCGCUUUUCAACCUCUGGAGUACCUGAACAAGAAGGAGGAUCUGGAGCAGGUUAAUGUCAGCAAUGACCUGGGAAGCUGGGAUCUUCGAACAGACGUCGAUUUACCGGAGGAUGCCACGAAGAUCUUGGCCCUUCAGCCGCUCGCUGUUCCGUUUGGCGAUGGCACCAUGUUAGGCCAGGCAGCUCUGUACAUCAUUCAAGACGAAGUACAGCUCAUCUUCCAGUCACCGACCUAUCAGGUUACCCUGCAAGUUCCUAGAAAUGCCACCUGCUUGGGGUCUGUCGUCAAUGCCGACGGAUUCACAGAUCUGCUCAUCGGUGGGAGUGGAUUGUAUCGACUCGAAGCCAGGAAGUGCUUGUACAAGAACUCCGAACCCACACGUGUCGUGGCGGAGAGCUUCUUCUCCUCGAUUUCAGAGCUUCAUGUUGCUCAGUCCCCUCAGGCGGUCACAGUGUGGGCGGAAGCUGCCGACGAGACUGUAGGUUACAUCACGACCGAUGCGGACUUCAGCGAGGUUCAGCACCCGAUUCCGGUGCUUGCUCGGCGGCAAGGUGGUCGUUUCUCGGUAUUCAAGUCCCCGUCACUAGGGCAGGACCAGAUCAUCGUGUCCGACAGCGGCGGCUCUCUGAGUCUCAUUCGCCAUGACCCGCAGCUGGGCCUCUGGAAGCCCACCCCGUUUUACACGCCCACGCUGGAUAAAGUCGUUGAGCUCAAGAGUUAUACAACCCAGAUCUGGGUCUAUAAUGAUGAUGAUUCCCCUCGGGUGGACGGGGAGGUGUUGCUGCAGAGCUCUGGCUACGUGGACAUCCUCAUGAAUGGCAUGCCCUUGCAGAUUUCGCCAUCCGGGACUCCCGUCGUGACUGACCAGGAGGGGCUACUCACACUGAUAGUCCCAACCGAUGACAUUUCCACUUACACCUUCACAGUAGCCUCAACCGAGGGGGUCUCCGCGAGCGAUGGGGCCGUGGUUGAUCCCGCUGUCAAGGUGUAUGAUGCCCUGUCGAAGAUCCAGACCGGAGACGACCUCAAAAACGCACGGUUGCAGAAUGGUGAUCGGUUGCUGGAAAGCAACAGCCUAGAUGACUAUGACCUGAACGAGGCAGCUCAAGCCGUAGCGGCUGCGGUAUCUCGACGAGGCGCGACUCUCACAGGACAAAGCUCGGUGACAAGGGCUGAACCAAAGCACGGCAUGUUUGGAAAGAACAAGGAGAGGUUCUAUAUGCGCGGAGGCUUCAUCGACAUGUUAGACGAUGCGUGGAAUUGGCUCGAAGGUGUUUUCAAUGACAUCACGGCCUGGGCAAUCGAGGCCACCGAAGAAUUCUGCCAUUUUUGGGUCGAGAUCGCAGGCCAAGCCUACCGCUGGAUCCUCAACACGGCAGAGAUGAUCGGCAAAGCGAUCAGCUGGAUUUUCGAGAAGAUUCUGGAGAUCGCGGAGAAGAUCAUCGAGUGGAUCGGAUUCAUCCUCAACUGGGGCGAUAUCAAGGCCACUCAUAAUUCGAUUGUCUCACUGGUCAACAAUGCUCUGGAUAUGCGCGGCUCUUCCUCAGCUUUAUUGACCACGGCAUCGGCCCAUUUAAGCAUAAUGGCCUGA